AUGUCCGCAAACUUCACCAUCAACGACCUGCUUCCCCUCCCGAAUUCCUCGGUCAGGAUCCCCCGUCUCGGAUUCGGUGUCUAUCGCUCCCCCACGAGCCAAACCGUUCAGUCUUGCUUGAAGGCUUUGCAAGCCGGAUACCGACACAUCGAUACGGCCCAGUUCUACGCGAACGAGAAGGAAGUCGGCGAGGCGAUCCGCGCUUCGGGGAUCCCGCGCAGCGAGAUCUUCGUGACGACCAAAAUCCUGAGUCCCGCGGGGUCGCCCGAAGCUACUUACAGCAAGCUGCUGGAUAGCGUGGAAAAGAUUGGAGGCAAGGAUGGAUACGUCGAUUUGUUUUUGAUUCACAGCUCCAGCUCGGGGCCCUCGGGUCGGAAGGAGCUGUGGCAAGCGUUGGAAAAGCUGCUGGAGGAAGGAAAAACGAAGAGUAUUGGCGUGAGUAACUUUGGAGUUCAGCACAUCGAGGAGUUGAAGCCCUUUGCGAAGGUCUGGCCGCCACAUGUCAACCAAAUUGAGCUUCAUCCGUGGUGUCAGCAGCGGGUGAUCGAUGCCUAUUGCAAGCAGAACGGAAUCGUCGUCGAAGCUUAUUCCCCCAUCGUGCGCAACUAUAAAGCUAGCGAUCCUACGCUUGUCGAACUGGCGAACAAAUACGGAAAGAGUACCCAGCAGGUCCUGAUACGCUACGCUCUGCAGAAGGGGUGGGUUCCGCUUCCCAAGACCGACGACCCGGACCGAAUUGUCAGCAAUGCCGAUGUCUUCGACUUUGAUAUCAGCGAAGAGGACUUCGCUGUGCUGAGCGCCCUGGAUCAGGGACGUGCUGGGGCGAUCGUGGAGGCCGUGGUCAAUGAGUAA